AUGGUGGGGCUUAUCGUGAGGCGGCGCGAGAGACGCUGGGCAUUAAGUACCGCCAUCACGGAUCAAUCUUCGUGGGAGUCUCUCGGGUGGGAAAACAGCGACUCGGGCCUCUCGCAGCAAAUGCUCAUGGUCGUGGCUGCCAGCGGCUUGUCCGACGAAGUCAUACACCCCGGCGUCGUAUCCGCGACCGUUCGCAUUGACAGCAUGCCGCAGGAUAAUAAGUUGGAGAAUUACAUACACAUGUGGCGCUUCACCGAUAUGUUAUCGACGUUGGGACCCCGCCUCCGAUCGCUUCCAGACGGCGGCUUUGAUAGAAUUGGUCUUGUAGAGGGGCUGCGAUACGAGGCGUCACUGGCUGCUGUGCUCAGCGGGACCCUUGCAAUCAGAGGCCUGGCCAUCUACCACAUUCCACAUGAUCUUCCGCCAGACCAAUCUGUUCAAGCCGCCGUCCAACGGUUCGCAUACAAAGACCCAGAUAGCGGUCUGGCUCUCCUAGCAAGGACGUGGUCUUCUGGGCAGUUUACCGCGGCCAAUAUCAACGCCAUAUAUCAACCCGUUUCUCACACUACGUGGGCGGACGAAGCCGACGAAUUGCUCCAGAAAGUCUUCAAGCAUGAAUGGCGAGGACCAGAUACCUACUGGUGGCGGUCGCAGCGGCCGAUCGACCCUCAGACAAGCGCGACCGCGAAGAGCGGGAUGGCCGCUCACUUAUACCUCAACGCUGAGCCUUUCAUCAGCCAGAGGACUUGCGGCUCUGCACCAUCUACGUCAACUCCUGCUUCCACGAUAUCGAGCGCCGUCACUCUCUUGGAGACACUACUCGGCCAGAUUCACUCACUUCGCCAAGAACUCGUACAACAGCAAGGCUCGUUGACCAAUAUGUGCGUCGAUCAGGAGCUUCAUUUCGCCGCCACGUACAGCGCUCUGUACGACGGCGUCCCGGAUAGUGGGUCCGACCACCUCGACGCCAUAAUUGGAGGUCUGGGUUUAAUAGGAGACCGCGAACACAUACGUUCUCUGAUAGAGAAUUGGACGCGGUGA